GAGCUAGCAAACCUACCGGCAUAACCAACCACGAGGCAACCAAAGCAGCCCAGCAGCGCACCCCCACCGCUAGGCGCUAGGCCGCUAGCUGCUCCUGCAAGAAGAGGAAGGCGCGAUCAGAUGAGGUUCCUUGCACUGAUCAUGGCCGUGCUCGUCUCGGCACGGCCUGCAGCGGCCGGAACACCUAACCCACCAGCCUCUUGCCAGCGCCGGUGCGGCGACAUGGAGAUCCCUUACCCGUUCGGCAUCGGCCCCGGCUGCUACCACGACACGGGCCAAGGCGACAUCACCUUCGGCUUCACCUGCAACCUCACCCGCUCGGGCACCUACCAGACCUUCAGCGGCGAGGCGGUGGAGGUCCUCGGCGUCUCCCUGCGCCGCGGCCAGGCGCGCAUCCGCAACGACAUCGUGCCCUGGUGCUACGACCCCGCGUCCCGGUCCAUGGACGACGAGACCCAGCCCUGGGUCGACCUCUCCGACUCGCAGUUCCGCCUCUCCGUCGAGGCGAACCGGCUCGUCGUCGUCGGCUGCAACUCCUUCGCCUACGUGCGGUCCGUCAACACCGGGAAGGAGUACAUGACCGGGUGCAUGGCCACCUGCCCCAGCGCGGGGCAGCUGGAGAACGGCUCGUGCUCGGGCAUGGGCUGCUGCGAGGCGGCCAUCCCCCGGGGCAUCAACACGUACCAGACGCUGUUCGAGCACAAGUUCAACACCUCCAACAUCACGGGCUUCAGCCGGUGCAGCUACGCCGUCCUGAUGGAGGCCACCGCGUUCAGCUUCCAGACCACCUACGUCACCACCGGCGACUUCGUCGAGUCCACCGGCGGGAAGGUGCCGCUGGUGCUGGACUGGGUGGUGGGGAAGGAGACGUGCGCGGAGGCGGCGCGGAACGCGACGGGGUACAUGUGCGCCAGCGGCAACAGCGAGUGCGUGGACUCGAGCAACGGGCCCGGCUAUCUCUGCAACUGCUCCCGGGGGUACGACGGCAACCCCUACGUCCCUGACGGCUGCCAAGACGUUAACGAAUGCGAUGACGCAAGAUUCAAGUACCCCUGCUCUGUUCCUGGAACCUGUGUCAACACUGCUGGAGGAUUCCUCUGUUCCUGCCCUGACAAGACAACGGGCAACGCGUACAAUGGCACGUGCGAGGCCAAGAAAUCUCAACUUGGAGUGCGCAUGGCAGUUGGCACUAGCAUCGGCCUAGUUGUACUAGUAAUCACCCUGUCGUGUGCAUACAUGAUCCACCAGAGGAGGAGACUCGCGGCUGUGAAACAGAGGUACUUCAAGCAGCACGGAGGCCUGCUGCUGUUCGAGGAAAUGAAGUCAAAGCAAGGUCUGUCCUUCACGUUGUUCACCAAGGAAGAGCUCGAGGAGGCGACCGGCAAUUUCGACGAGCGCAAUGUGCUCGGCAAGGGAGGGAACGGCACCGUGUACAAGGGAGCUCUCAAGGACAAGAGGCUGAUGGCCGUCAAGAAGUGCAAGCUUGUGAGCGAGAGGAAGGAGAAGGAGUUCGGCAAGGAGAUGCUCAUCCUGUCGCAGGUCAACCACCGGAACGUCGUCAAGCUCUACGGCUGCUGCCUCGAGGUGGAGGUGCCCAUGCUCGUCUACGAGUUCGUUCCCAACGGCACGCUGCACGAGCUCAUCCAUGACCGCCGGCACCACAGCAGCGGAGCGCGCGUCUCCUUCGCGACGCGCCUGAAGAUCGCGCACGAGACCGCCGAGGCGCUCGCCUACCUCCACUCCUGGGCCUCGCCGCCCAUCAUCCACGGCGACGUGAAGUCGCCCAACAUCCUGAUCGACGAGGGCCUCGCCGCCAAGGUUUCCGACUUCGGAGCCUCGGCGCUGGCCCCGACGGAUGAGGCGCAAUUCGUCACGCUCGUGCAGGGGACGUACGGCUACCUCGACCCGGAGUACAUGCAGACCUCCAAGCUGACGAGCAAGAGCGACGUGUACAGCUUCGGCGUCGUGCUCCUGGAGCUGCUCACGUGCAGGAAGGCGAUGAACCUGCAGGCUCCACUCGAGGAGGAGAUAAACCUCUCGGCGCAUUUCCUCCUGGCGAUGGGUGAGAGAAGGCUUGGUGAGAUACUGGACGAGCAAAUAAAGGGCGAACAGAGCAUGGAGCUGAUCGAGCAGGUGGCGGAGCUGGCGAAGCAGUGCCUGGAGAUGGCGAGCGAGAAGAGGCCGUCGAUGCGGGAGGUUGCAGAAGAGCUUGACAGAGUCAGGAAGCUGUCGCAGCACCCUUGGGGCCAAGAGACUUCUGGUGAGGAGCUGAAGGCCUUGCUUGCCGGAUCACCAGGCUCGUGCUCUGAAAUAGAACUCAGUAAUGGGUAUGUUAGCAUCACAGAUUCAGCUUAUUUAGGAGUUCAAUCUCCUCGUUAAAUGUCCUUCAUUUUUGUUUGAUCCCUGGGUAAGACAAAAAUACCAAAAAGGUUGCAUCCCUUCUUUUUCCUGAAAAAAGAAAAGUUAUUCCCUAUCGCUUCUA